GUCAAAUUGUCGUCACGUCAGAAGUCAGAAAAAUGGUGUAAUGUUUUCGCUCGAUUAAAUUUUAACUUUCUACGAUGGAGUCUAAUUUAAUAGACACCGAUGUCGGUGAUAAGUGUAAUUUAAAUGGUGAUUGUUCAUCUCCGCCGAAAAAGCCAGCUUUCAACAUGAACCACGCCAAAAAUAUCGAUGACAUUUCUACGCCUUCCGAAUUGAAAUUCGAUCAAGAGUUUAACUUCGAGGACCCUGACAUCACUGAGAAGAGAAGAGGGAUAGAAAAAUGCCUAUCAGAUCCGGAUUCAGUUAAUUUAGAAGAAUGGCAGAACUUGGCCAAAAGCAAAGGAGGUUUAAUAAGUGAUGAUUACAGGAAAACAAUAUGGCCAUUAUUAGUUGGAGUGACAAAAGAAGAAAUGACAGAUCCACCGUCCCUGGAUGAACUAUCGACACAUCCAGAGUAUAAUCAGGUGGUGUUAGACGUGAACAGAUCUCUGAAAAGGUUUCCACCUGGUAUCCCCUACGAACAACGUGUGGCGUUACAGGACCAACUCACAGUACUUAUUCUUCGGGUUAUCAUAAAGUACCCUCAUUUAAAAUACUAUCAGGGCUACCACGACGUGGCGAUCACGUUACUCCUGGUUUGCGGGUCGGUGUCGUCGUUCCCGAUGCUGUGCCGGCUGUCGCACGGCCCGCGCGCGCCGCUCGCGCCUUUCAUGCAGACUACUAUGCAGCCCACGCAGCACCUGCUCAAUUACAUGCUGCCCGUGCUGAUGAGAGCUGAUCGCGACGCUGCGGAUUGCCUUGACAAAGCGCAAGUGGGCACGAUGUUCGCCCUCCCAUGGUACCUGACAUGGUUCGGGCACAGCCUCAACCGUUACUCCGACGUCGUGCGUCUGUACGAUUACUUCCUCUGCGCGCCGCCAUUGUUCCCCGUCUACGUCACCGCCGCCAUCGUGGCUUACCGAGGGGACGAGGUGCGCGCGUGUGAGUGCGACAUGGCCAUGCUGCACUGUCUGCUGUCUAGGGUGAGUUGCGAUAACCCUGUUCCCGUCUACGUCACCGCCGCCAUAGUGGCGUAUCGAGGGGACGAGGUGCGCGCGUGUGAGUGCGACAUGGCCAUGCUGCACUGUCUGCUGUCUAGGUUACCAGAUGACUUGCCCUUCGAAGACAUUCUGGUGACGGCCAAGAAACUGUACGAAGAAAACGACCCAGUUGAUCUCGAGCCAGAGGUGGCCGCGCUGGAAAGGAGAGAAGAGGAGCAACGCCGCCUAGAGGAGGAGCGUCUAAAGCGUCGUCAGGCUGCCGUGCGCGCGCGCAACAAUCCAUCGCUCACUACACGCCUGUCGCGGCGCCUCGCCCGUGCUCUGCCCGCGCUCGCGUCGCGGCGAACUCUGCUCGCGACCGCGACCGUGCUGCUCGGCGUCUACGUGUACUACCGCCCCGAUCUCCUCUUCAACAGAAAUUACGAUGAUUCAGUCCGAGAACUGUAAAGGGGUGUUAGGAAUAUCAAAAAUAAAGACAGGAAUAUAAA